AUGGUGGUAACCUUAACCAAGUUAGAAAAAUUACAGAAAGCGGAGAAAUCCAAGACUUUCAAGCCAUUAAUAGACGAAUUAAUUCAAUGUGAUGAUAGUGAAUUUUUCGGUAAACUGGCCCAGAUCACUCAAUGGGAUCGAUCCAAAGACGAUCUUUUUGUUUGGAUUCCUGUUCUUGACCGGAUGGACGGUAUAUUGAGCGGAAUCGUAAACAAGUAUAAAUACAAGUCAGAUGACUGGAAGAAGAAUCCUGUCAGACUAGUUGAGAUGGCUAAAGAGGAUGAGGAUAAUGUGAAUACGCUGCUUCUUUUUACCUGCCGUUUGUUGAAUAACACUUCAAAUCGCUCUCUGUACUCCUCGUUGGAUGUUAUGAGCCAUUUGUUAAGCUGUCCCAAUUUUAGGAUUAAAUUAGGUGCUAUGAAGGUUGUGGCGACGAUUGGGGAAAGACAUGUAGUUGCGCGCCAUCGGAUUGAGAGUUCUAGUGUUCUGGCUAGUCAAAAGUUGAAGAAGAAAUGCCUAAGUUUGGCGCUAUGUUUGCCAUCAUCUACCACUGAUGAUAGUUCGGAUCAUUUUUCCUUAGUUGACCUAUUCUUUGAUAAAAGGAAGUAUCCUUCCAAGUGGUCUUCUUUCCAGUAUACAUAUUAUAUUACCAAAAAACAGGGAACUCAGCAGUCACCUCAGAAACAUAAUCAGAUUUCUUCCAUGAAACAGUUUAUCCUGACAAACGAAGAGUUGAAGUCUGUUACCUUGCAACAGAUAUUUGAUAAGGCUAUGGAAGAAUUGCCUUCUGAUUUCUGGUUUGAGUUCUCUCUGCAGGCUACAAUUGCGAAAGCAUUUAGCGAUGAUUCCGCUGAAAAUAUCCAACUAAGGAAUCUAAUUAUCCAAACAAAGUUUGCCGCUAUUGCAUUUGCCAAUGCAAUAUACAUUCCUCCUCAAGUUAGUUCGAAAUUGUUUGAGAUGGAUCCAUAUGCUUUCAAUAACUUAACCGAUUUCAUUUCGUUAUCAGAAACGAAGCUACCGAAGGAUCUAAGAACCGAUGCUCUAUUCGCACUCGAGUGUAUUUCUCUUAAGCAUGUGUGGUGUUCUGAUAUUGUAAGAAACCUCGGAGGUAAUAUGUCACAUGGCUUACUAUUCCAAAUUCUAAGGUAUAUUGCAAAGGUGAUAAGAGAAGACCUUGAAGAUGAAGUCGAUGAGGAAUAUAACGUCCGAUUCUUUUAUUUAAUUUCGAAUUUAGCCGAUGUGAAAACUCUUCAGGAAUCGUUAAUAUCAGCCGGGCUUAUUUCGAGCCUCUUAGAAAUCAUCUCAAUCAAAAAUAGCAAAUACAAGCGUACGCUGGCUUCCGCUGCUCAUCUUCUGGAGGAUGUGAUCAGUGAUGCUGAUGCAACUGCUGAAUUUAUCAACAAUAAUGGUUUUAACAUUUUGAUCGAAACUGUAACAAAUGAAGUUAAUUUUGCAUUGGAACAUCCUGAUUUUGGAGAGCCUCCAAAAUACUCUGUUGUUUACUACUCUAUUUCAUUCCGACAACUUGGGUUUAUCAGAAGCUUGUUGAAACUGGUCUUGAAAUUGUUGAAGACGGACUCAGGUGAUAGAAUUCGGAAUUUGAUUGAUUCUCCAAUUCUACUUGCUUUUAAUAAAAUUUUGGAGAAUAGGCCUGUAUUUGGCUUCACGCUGGUUUCUCAUGCAUUAGAUGUUGUUCAAACGAUUAUAAAUACUGAGCCGACCAUCUAUCAGGUACUUGUGGAAUCUGGAACUGUGUCUUAUAUAAUAAAUCAGUUUGAACAGUUUCUGGGUCCAACCAGUGCUUUAUUGUGUAUGCUUCCGGAAGUUAUUUCAGCUAUAUGUCUGAACAAUGAUGGGCUGAAACAAGUGAGAGAGAAAGAUUUGCUAAAGUACUUGUUCCAAGUUAUAAAGACUCCUGAGUUUGCUAAAAUAUUAUCGUGGGAGGAUCAGGCAGUUAGCUAUGGUGUUGCUCUUGAUGAGCUCGCAAGACAUUAUCCUGAGUUGAAACCUUGUAUUGAAAAUUAUUUUGUGGAAACUGUUAAAGAGUUACCAUCAUUAAUGAACUUUACUCAUGUAUACUUGUACGAAUCAACCACUGGUGCACCUAAGUUCUACCUUUCUGAAAAUGAUGAGAUCAUUGAUAAUGAAAAAAACUCCGACGAAAUCGCAUUUUGGGAAGUUCAAGAGUCUUCCCCUAUAAUUGAUUGUUUCUCUGGUGUUUUCUACUCUAUGGCAUCAGAGAAUGUUACAUGGGCUGACUUAACAGAUAAAAUUGGGUUCCAAGAAUUUUUACGUGUUGUUAUUCCGGAGAAGCCGACUUUUGACUACAUCAAUUCACAAACACUCUUAAACUUUACAGAUGUUUUAAAAAUGUUUGAUGAUGAGCGCAGGUCAUAUGCUUUACCAGAGCUGUUGAAAAUCCUUGAUUCCAAAUUUAUGGAACUCGAAGAAUUUCUGUCAUAUGAUUUUGAGAACUCUUAUAUUUUGAAUGAAUGCCAUGCUGAUGUAGAGCUGGUACUUCAACGACUCCACGUUUUGAAUGUUAUACUUUAUAUUAUGACAGACAUGUAUAUCAAUAUCACUACACUAUUUCCAGUUAGGGUUAUUCAAAUUAUGGAAUUUUUUGAAAAAAAUGGCUUUCAGUUGAUCACCAAUCUGAGAAAGUUGUUCCAAAGAUGUGUAUUGGAGGAAACUUAUAUUAGAUCCACGCUGCCACCAUCUGUAGCGGAAGAAACUAUUUCCCCAAGCAUAAGUUUUGUUCCACCUAUAGUAAUCCAUAAAGAUACCCCUCUAAAAGUAGAAGCAAGGCAAGAUAAAACAUCUGCCGUUUACAAGAAUACUCUAGAAACCAGACAUGUAUUCCAGAAACUCCAAUCAUGGAUUUCAAUGUUGUUUAGGUGCUUCCUAAGAUUAACUCAUGCUCGUAAGAUGAAUGUUGAAUGCUACGAUCGCGCUUUAGAAGUAAGAGUAUUUGAUAAAGUUGUGGAAGAGUUAAUUAAAAUGCUGGACCUGAAUUACCUAGACACACAUAUGAGUUAUUUUUUGGUGAUAUUAGAUUUUAAUACUCAUGUAUUCACAUGUCCAAAGGCUUCUUUAACAAUGUCAGAUGGUGCCAUUCAGACGAUGCCUGCAUUUCUCUUUUAUCAAGCGGGUGGUUUCAAAAUUUAUCACACUUUAAUAAAAAAAUUAUCCAAGAAGCUUCUAAGUUUCGAUUGCAUUGAAGCCAUUGAAAAUGUCGAUUAUGUUAAAGAUCAGGAUGACGUAAUAACUGUCAGUGUUCUAAUGAAUUCAAUUUCAUUUAUGAACAGGUGUAUUCAACUGGAGACUAUGGAAAACAUUAGGUCUAUUUCAGAAUAUUAUCCAUUUGAUGAUAUUUACUACAAUCUUACUCGUGCAUUAAUUGUACCAGUUAAAAUUUUAGCUCUUGGCGCUAUCACUGAGAUUUUUAAGGAAGGUGAUGUUUUUGAUACCGAGAGAAGGCGAAUUCCAUAUUCCGUAUUCAAGCAAAUCCUUAACCUCUUGAAAAAUAUUUACAAUAGCACAUUUGAGCUAGAAGAAAAUACUGAAAUCUAUGAAUUGAGAUGGGAUUUGAUGCCUGUGUCUCAUCGAAAGGUUGAAAUGCUGAAGGCUUGUGGUAUCUCUGCUGAUAUUGCAGUUGGUUAUUUAGAGGAGGAGAAAGACGACUUGCCAGUCCACGUGAAACCUGAUGUGUUUUCAGAAGACGAAUGGAAACGUUAUAUAGAAGAAAGAAAGUCUGGUAAGUGGGUAAUGGACAUUCAGCCUUUACCGCCUCAAUACAAAGAUAUUUCUACCCGAGAACAAUUAUCGAACAUGAGAACAGAAUUCUAUCAAGAUGGGUUUGAGUCAGGAAUAUUAAAGAUUUUACAGCACUAUCCAAAAUUAAUUAAUGCAAUUUCUCAUAUGUUUUUUGAAAUGUAUGGAGAACUUGGAUUCCCUCAUACAAGCAUGUUAGAAGAUCUUCAAGAAAUGAUGAACAAUAUUUCUAUUGAUGAUUCUAAUAGGCUAGCUCCUGUGAUCCAUUUAUUUGGUAUAUUUUUGAACGAUAAAAAUAUCUACGAUCAAGCCAAAAAGGAAAUAUUCAAGUUUGUUUCGUAUUUGUCAAAAUGUCUACAUCCAGAAUAUGUGAAUUAUAGCUGGUUUUCGAAAGCGCUAUAUGUAUAUGAGAUUAUAUUUGCCAAAUCAGAAACUCCAGAAGUAUCAUCUUUACCAGAUAACAUCACUGUGUCAUUUGCCUCGAUUCCAAUUGUUUAUAGAAUUCCGCAAAGGGAGAAGGAAUUAAUAUUUAACUCUUUGAUUCGGGUAAAUGAGAUUACUGAUUUCUAUUCAGCCCUUGCAAUUUCUAGAAUCCUAAUUCUAUAUACUAGGGAGGAACAAUAUGCUCAAGAAGUUACACAGUCAGGGAUUUUGUCUAAGCUUUUGAAAGUGAUCGGUACAAAUCAAAAAUUUGAGAAGAUAAACUACUUGGAGUCUUCUUACCUCUUAUUAGCUAGGAGAUGUUUUGAGACCAGUGAAAUCGUGUCCAACUUGAUCGAAUACGAAUUGUCAAGAGCGUUUACUACAAGGGCUAUUGGGGACCAUAAAGAAAAAUUGCGUGAUUUGCCUGGAUUGAUUACGGAAAAGGCCAGUGUUGUUAUGAGGAAUCCAGAUAUUUUUGUGAAUAAAAUUUCUGAAACUGCCAGGUUCGAAGAAUUCGUAUCUCCAACAGAAUUGGAAAACUUGAGUGUCAGAAGAUAUAUGGAAGAAAAGGAUGAAGAGAUGUCAGAUGACUCCCCAUCAGCAGAGAAGGGAACUACGCCAAUGACAGGUAUAGUUCACUUGUUGCUCUCACAAUUGAUGGCAUCUCAUAAGAAAGAUUGGGUUGGUGAACCACCGCUUACUGCUGAAGAGGAAAAUCAAAAAAGCAAGAAAAAGAGUGAAGAAGUUAAGGUGUCCAGAAAUCCGGUUUGUGCUUAUAUGAUAUUUCUUUUGAAGGUUUUGACUGAAUUGGUGAGUAGUUACAAGCAAAGCAAAUUCGAAUUUUUGACGUAUAACAAAAAGAAUUUCUAUAAUGAAACUCCAAAACCAAGAGCAACUGCACUUAACUUCUUCUUAUAUCAGCUUCUAGACACAAAUACUCAAGAUAUGGAUAAAUAUGAGAGUAAAAGGAGAGAUGCCAUCAGUGGACUGGCUAAAGACACUAUUAUAGGAUUUGCUUCUUCUGUUCAAGACAAAGAAACAAAAAAAUUGGAUCCAAAAAUAGUUGAUUCCGAUAUGACUUAUAUUAGGAGAUUCACAAUCGAAGCUAUAUCGAAAGCUUUGAAAGAGGCAAGUGUUUCUCCCAAAGCUAUUGAUGCCAAUGCAGGAAAGCUAUUCGGUUGGUUCCAUUUAACUUCGUCUUUAUUAGUCGUAGAUAAAGGAUAUUUGUUUUCUGUGCUAGAUUCCAAUAAGUCGGCUAAUGACAAAUAUCAACUUUGUAAGUUGAUGAUAGAGAUGAAUUUGCCAGGUACUAUUACGGAUUGUAUGGCCUCCCUUGAUCUAAAUUAUCCAUUGACGAAAAAGUUGUUCAACAGUGGUGUAGAGCCAUUAAAUGCCUUGAAUGAAGUUCGGAACAAUUUUUCGGACUUGUUUAAAGUGGAAAAUAAUGAAGACGAAGAAGUAGAAGACGUUGAAUCAGACAAAGACGACGUUCCAGAUAUGUUUAAGAACUCUGCAUUGGGUAUGUAUGACAUUGAAGAUAUUGAAGAUGACCACGAUGAAGAAAAUGAAUCAUUAAUUGGAGAUGACGGUGACAUUGCAUUUGUUGAUGAUGACGAUGGACUGCAGGUUGUUUUCAGUGAAGAAGAAGCACUGCAUGAAGAUAGCACUGAUGUUACCGAUACUGACGACAGUGGUUCUGAACAGAAUAUUAGUUUUGAUGGCGAGGGUCACAAUGUCACUUUGGAGGUUUUUACAGGCUCAGCUGCGGAUGAAAUAUCCGAGGAAGUGUCCCGGGAUAUUCAGAUAGUAUCAGGUACUUCUUCUCAAGAAAGUUAUUAUACUGAUGGCGAUGAUUCUGAGGGUCUAGAAAUGUAUGAGGAAGAAUAUGAUUCCGACUUGGAUAUCGAUAUGAAUGAAUCAGAGUUGGGAUCAUCUAACUGGGAAUCUGGACUUUCUGAUCUUUCUGAUUCAGAUGCUUACUCUGACGAGGAUAGAACCAAUAAUACUGGAGACGGCUUUGUAAGAUGGUAUAGUGAUGACGGCGUUGAGUUUGAAGAUGAUUCUGAAGGUGAAGGAAGGAGAAUAUUUACCCACUUUUUCCCCAAUGAAGAACAAUUAUUUAGAGUCAAUGCGGGCAAUUCCUUACAUUCUAAUGGACGUCAUCACCACCGUCAUCAAGGGUCAACUCCUUUUACGACGUCUACUAUCACUCUUGGUGCGUCCCAAAGGCGCCCCCACAGCAUCUUGUCCAAUCCCCUAGGUCCAUCAGGCUUAGAGGAAGUUGAGAAUGAUAUUGUAUCCCACUACUUAGGGACAUUUGAUUCUGGUAAUAGAAUGGGGUUGAAUCCUGUACCACGGCUGCCUCGUGUUUUACUCUUCGAUGGGGAGUUUUUCGAUGAUAAGUCUUCAGCUGGUAUUCUGUUGAAAUCUACGACAGCAAGAUGGAAUGAUAUAUACGAAAUGUUCUAUGAUUCCAAAAUCUAUGCCAAUAAUGUUGUCACUACUAUAAUUUCUAGAAUAUUUGAACCCAGUGUUGCUAUGUUUCAGAAAAGACAAGAGGAAGAAAGAGUUAAACAAAAAUUUUCAAAACCAGAUGACCAAAGACCAGUGGAAGACCGUAAGAGAAAGCGCCAUGAAGUUGAUUCUGAUGAGGAACAUAAUGAGGAAUCUGAAGAGGUGCAGGAGGAGGAGGAGGAGGAGGAGGGAGGGGGGAGGGGGAGGGAGGGGGAUGAAGAGGUUCAAGCACCAGCUUCGCAGUCCCAUGAACAUCUUGAACCAAUUUAUGUUACUAUUGACGGAGAGCCAGUUAAUAUCGCUGGUACUGAUAUGGAUGCUGAAUUUUUAAAUGCAUUACCUGAGGAUAUGAGAGCAGAAGUUUUCGCCCAACAUAUUAGAGAAUAUAGAGCGCAGCCCUCUGACCAAGAAAAUCAAUCGAGAGAAAUUGAGCCUGAGUUUUUGAAUACCAUUCCUGAAUCUUUACGCCAAGAAAUACUUGCCCAAGAAGCUCCAUUAACACGAUUAUCACGGGCGAAUGUUUUGGAAGUUGCUGAAAGGGACCCAGAUGAAUUUAGUGACUUUGAAGAAGAAGCUGACAGGAAUCAUGACGACAAUGUAGAAUCGGAAAAGAAGAAGGUAGAAAGAGUUCAUUUUUCUCCUUUAGUUGAUCGUUCAGGUAUUGCUGCAAUCAUGAAAGCCGUUUUCAUACCUCAACCUUAUUUAGCCCGUGAAAUAUAUCAUGAGCUUUUCUUUCGUCUAUGUUCCAGUAAGCAGAAUAGGAGUGACAUUAUGAAUAUGCUUCUUCUAAUCCUUACUGAUGGUAUUAAUGAUCAACAUUCUUUGGAGAAAGUUUAUAAUUUACUAUCAAGUAGGGCUGCUACUGCUGCUGGCCCAGUCAAUAAAAUCUUUCCACGCCAAUUGCCACCAGAUUGUACUCCAUUAAUUGUCGCUAAUCAAUGUAUUGAGAUUUUACAAAGUAUGGUCGAUGCUGAUACAAAAUUGAAAUUCUUUUUCAUUACAGAACACGAGAAUCUGCUGAUCAACAAGUCACCUUUGAAGAGCAAAAAAGAUAUCUUCUCCAAGAAUAUGAAAUGGCCUAUUAAUUGCUUGUUGGCCCUAUUGGAUAAGAAGAUAAUUACUGAUGAAGCCGUCUUGAUGGACUUGUUAACUAGAAUUUUACAAGUUUGUACCAAGCCCAUUGCUAGCUUCGUAAAAACUUCGAAGGACAACAACAAGAAGAAGUUUGAAGUUCCUGACAUCGAGAAAAAGCAUUUAGAUUCCGUGGUAUCCAUUGUGAAGUUAGAUUCCUGCAACACAAAAGUAUUUCAGCAAACUUUGAAUAUAAUGACCAAUUUGUUUGUAAUCGAGGAGGCUCAUGAAAGAUUCACUAAAGAGUUGUCCAAUUUGGCUCAAGAUACAAUCAAAGUAUUAGUCAAUGACCUUGACGCGUUGGCUAAAGAAAUACCUACAGUUCAAAGCGGAACUGAGGUUAACUCUGAAAUCAUACAGAAAUUUACUGUUCCAAGUUCAGAUCAAUCAAAGUUGUUGAAAGUAUUAACUGCAAUUGAUUAUAUUUACGUGAACCGGAAAAAAGAGGAAGAUGUAACUGUUGAUUUAUUAAUGCCUUUGUAUAACAAAAUGAAAUUGGGUAACAUUUGGGUUUCAUUGAGUAACUGUCUAACGAAAUUUGAAGAGAAACACAAAAUGUCAACUUCUGCUACUGUUUUACUGCCAUUAAUCGAGUCGUUAAUGGUAGUUUCGAAACAUAGUAAAGUGCGUGAAACUAAAGAGUUUCUGAAAUAUGAGGCCAAGAAGUGCAACUUUGCAGAAACACCUGUUCAAAACCUUUUCUUUGCAUUUACAGAUCUGCAUAAGAAAUUGUUGAAUGAGAUGAUUCGUUCAAAUCCUAAACUAAUGAGUGGACCAUUUUCCUUGUUGGUUAAAAACCCGAAAAUUUUAGAUUUUGAUAACAAACGGUAUUAUUUUACGGCGCAACUACGUUCUAGUAACCAUGACCGUCCGAAAAUAUCCAUCUCUGUUCGGCGUGAACAUGUUUUCUUGGACUCUUAUAGGUCUUUAUUUUUCAAGUCUAACGAAGAUAUCAAGAAUUCGAAGCUUGAAAUUGCUUUUAAGGGUGAAGCUGGUGUCGAUGCUGGUGGUGUUACAAGAGAAUGGUAUCAAGUACUAUCAAGACAGAUGUUUAAUCCUGAUUAUGCAUUGUUUUUGCCUGUUGCUUCAGACAAAACAACUUUCCGUCCAAACCGUACAUCAGGUAUUAAUCCAGAACAUCUAUCUUUCUUCAAAUUUAUUGGGAUGAUCAUUGGAAAGGCAAUUAGUGAUCAAUGCUUUUUGGACUGUCAUUUUAGUCGUGAAGUUUACAAAAAUAUAUUAGGAAAACCGGUAUCAUUAAAAGAUAUGGAGUCCUUAGAUUUGGAUUAUUACAAGUCACUAAUUUGGAUUUUGGAAAAUGACAUCACCGAUAUAAUUGAGGAAACAUUUUCUGUGGAAGCGGACGAUUAUGGUGAACAUAAAAUAAUUGAUUUGAUUGAAAAUGGUUCGCAUGUUGCAGUCACAGAGGAAAAUAAGCAUGAUUACGUGAAAAAAAUAGUCGAAUAUAAGCUACAAACUUCUGUUAAAGUUCAAAUGGAUAACUUCUUACAAGGUUUUUAUGCAAUUAUUCCCAAAGAACUGAUAUCAAUUUUCGAUGAGCAGGAAUUAGAGUUACUAAUCAGUGGUCUCCCAGAUAUCGAUGUGGACGAUUGGAGGAACAAUACUACCUAUGUGAAUUAUACGCCAACAUGCAAACAAAUCAAUUACUUCUGGAGAGCUGUGCGUUCGUUCGAUAAAGAAGAACGCGCAAAACUGCUGCAGUUUAUAACAGGCACAAGUAAAGUUCCCCUAAAUGGAUUUAAAGAGUUAAGUGGUGUUAAUGGCAUUAGUAAAUUUUCCAUUCAUAGAGAUUACGGCUCGAUAGAUAGAUUGCCGUCUUCCCACACAUGCUUUAACCAAUUAGAUUUACCAGCCUAUGAUUUAUAUGAAACAUUGCGUGGCUCUUUGCUUUUAGCUAUAAAUGAGGGUCAUGUAGGCUUCGGUAUUGCAUGA